GCAGGACAUGGUUGAGCAGCAGCAGAAAGGAAUAAAGGAGAUUUGUGUUGGUUCAAUAUGGCAGACUCAACCACAAUAUUGCAAUAUAUUUCCUAUGCUACCAAAACAAGACACUCAUUUGUUCCAGGUUACCAAGUUAAAGGAAAAAAAGCAUGUGAAUGAAAUUGGCAAGACUAAAAGUGUACGUGCAGAAGAUGAAGAAAUAGGAGAUUGUGAGUUGUCAUUAUCUAUUUCAUUGCCCCAUCUUUCCCCUCAAAGAAGUAAUGUUUCUUCAGCCAAUGAUAUCAAAGACUCUGGAUUUAGAAACUAUAUGGGUUGUUCCACUGUCCAAAACAGAAUUAAUUUGGACCUAUCUUUGGCCAUUUGAAUGUUAACUGAAUUAUUUCUUGGAUGUGACUAAAUACACAAAUGGAUGCAUGUUGUUGGUACUUAGUACUAACAUACUACAUAGAAAGGUACUAUACCUCUUGGAACAAAACAUGGUAUAUAUGCUAAACUUUAAUGUCAGCUCAGGGGAACAUAAGGUAAAAUCUACUUAAUGAAAUGUCUAGUAGAUUUUGUUAACCAAUUGUUGGAUUAAUUUGUAUCUCUCUGGUUGUUAAUAUUAAUUUUUCCU